AUGGCACCUCCCCGCACACGACCAAGUCUCUCAAAGGAGAGGAUGCCUACCUAUUUAGCAGGACUGAAGAGUCAGCCCUACCAUGACCCAGGCUCAAGCUCGAGAGGGCACAGCUUGCGAUCCAUUGCGUGGAGUCCUCUGGGUACGUUGAUCGCAACUGGAUCAUCAGACAAAACCUUGCGCGUCUGGAAUCCUGAGAAGCCAAACGUACGCUUCUCUACCGACUUGAAGGGCCACUCGGCCCCAAUUGAGAAAGUCGCUUUCAAUCCGGUGAAGGACGCCGAAUUAUGCAGUGUUAGCAAUGAUGGUGUUGUAAAGUUCUGGGAUUUGUUGGUAAUAAGGUUCGGUGACCCGUGGUUCUCUUCUUCUUCUUCUUCUUCUUCUUCUUCUUCUUCUUCUUCUUCUUCUUCUUCUUCUUCUUCUUCUUCUUCUUCUUCUUCUUCUUCUUCUUCUUCUUCUUUUCAAGGGAGCCAUACUCACCCCAGGCAGACGGACAACAUCUUUGUUCUAUCACCAACCCAGCCCACGCCCGUGGCAUCUCAUCAGCAGCCUGGCCAGACCAACCAAGUUGCCUUCUGCUGGAGCGGCAAGAAGAUCUUUCUCACAACCGGAGAGGGAAAAACCCGCAUCCUUACAUAUCCGGACUUCCAGCCCGCGUUCCAGCUCGACUACGGGACCGAGCCUCAAGAGUUUACACUGAGUGGUCAUACAUCUUCGUGUCUUUCAGCUGAGAUGCAGGCCACAGGGCGGUAUCUUGCCACAGGUGGUUCCGACUCCAUCAUAUCUCUCUGGGAUACAGCAGACUGGAUCUGCCAACGAACCAUCACAAGCAUGGUCGGCCCUGUGCGGUCUAUCAGCUUCACAUUUGACGGCAACUUCUUGGUGGGGGGCAGUGACGAGGGAUCCGGGCUAGACAUCAGGCAUGUCGAAUCUGGUGAUCAAGUGCAUACCCUCAAAACAGCCGGGCCAUGCCCAGUCGUGUCCUGGGCUCCGACUCGAUACUGCUUGGCUUACAGCGAUUUGGGAAUUCUCCGCAUCGUCGGUGUAGACGCCGAGAAGAAGUAA